AUGGCACCGCAACAGUCCAAGUUCGGCCAUCUGCCUCUCAGCACAAGUGGUCCGGUCGACUGCGCCUUGACGGGAGCUGCCGUGCUCAACACGCCUGCUUUCAACAAGGGCUCGGGGUUUCCAGAGGAGGAGAGGGUGAAGUUCAACCUCACCGGGUUGCUGCCCCAGGCCAUUCAGACGCUGGAGCAGCAGGCCGAAAGGGCAUACGAGCAAUAUGCCUCCAGGCCAGAUAACCUCGCCAAGAACACGUUCCUGACCUCGUUGAAGGACCAGAAUGAAGUUUUGUACUACAAGCUCCUGGAGGAUCACCUGCAAGAAGUGUUCAGCGUCGUGUACACACCCACGGAAGGCGAUGCCAUCCAAAGGUACUCAAAGAUCUUCAGGAGGCCAGAGGGCUGCUAUCUAAACAUCAACCACCAGGACCGCGUGGAGCCGGAUCUCGCGCAAUGGGGCAACGCAGAGGACGUGGACUACAUUGUCGUCACGGACGGCGAGGAGAUCCUCGGUAUCGGCGACCAGGGCGUGGGCGGCGUCCUCAUCUCUGUUGCCAAGCUGGUUCUCACGACGCUCUGUGCUGGUCUCCAUCCGUCGAGAUGUCUGCCUGUGGUGCUCGACUGCGGGACGGACAACGAGGAGCUCCUGUCUGAUGAGCUCUACCUUGGCCUCCAGCACAAGCGCGUCAGAGGCCAGAAGUACGACGAAUUCGUGGAUAUCUUUGUCAAGGCCGCGAGGAAGCUAUACCCCAAGGCCUACAUCCACUUUGAGGAUUUUGGGCUCGGAAACGCGAGGCGGUUCUUGGACUUGUAUCGCCCCACAAUGCCGUGCUUCAACGAUGAUGUACAAGGAACAGGCUGUGUAACGCUCGCCGCGAUCAUGGCUGGGCUGGAUAUAAGCGGCCUCCACCUGAAGGAUAUCCGACUCGUUGUGUUUGGCGCCGGAUCGGCUGGCGUGGGUAUCGCAGACGCAGUGAGGAAUGCCAUUGCCACCGAGUGUGGUAUCAGUCACGAAGAAGCUGCGAAGCAAAUAUGGCUCAUUGACAGACCCGGGCUGCUCACCACUGAGACCGAGGUGUCCAAUGCUCAAAAGAUUUUUGUCAAGGACGCCUCGUCUUGGUCCGACAAGUCAACCGAUCUCCAAUCCGUGGUGGAAACUGCUCGACCCAAUGUUCUCAUUGGCACAUCUACAGUACCCGGAGCCUUCACAGAAUCUGUAGUCAAGGCGAUGCACAAGAACGCUUCGCGGCCCAUUAUUUUGCCUCUUUCCAACCCGACACGUCUUCAUGAGGCAAAGCCUGAAGACAUUCUCAACUGGACCAACGGCCAGGCUUUGGUCGCCACUGGUUCACCAUUCGAGCCUGUCAGGGGUCCCUGGGGUGAGAAUGGCAAGGAGGUCAGCAUCGAGGUGGCAGCAUGCAACAACAGCGUCGUCUUCCCGGGCAUCGGUCUCGGCGCCGUCCUGUCACGCGCCAGCCGCGUGACGGACAAGAUGCUCGUGGCGGCCGUGCAUGGCGUGACAAGUAUGAGCCCCACGAAGAAAAAGCGUGAUCAGAAGGCUCCUUUGCUGCCAGAUGUACUCGAAGUCAAGAAGGUCAGCGUGCGCGUCGCCCGGAAUGUGAUCCAAGCCGCGGUUCAGGAGGGCGUUGCCACUGAGAAGGACAUUCCCGAGGAGGAUGGGGAGCUGGAAGAGUGGAUUCGGGAGCAAAUGUGGGAGCCAAAGUAUAGGCCGUUGCGGUACGUCGAGCCACGCACAGCGACGAGGGCAGCCAAGGGUGAGCUGAAGAAGGCGGGUACCGUGGUGAGAGAGGAUGUCUUAAAGUAA